AUGAAACCAAUCCAGAUUUCGAUGAUAGCUGCGCUGCUUGCGCUCCUAUUGUUCAGCGCGAUUUUAGCCAGCAGAAGCAUUGCUUCAAAAUCAUCAAUAGAAAGAACCAUUAAAGGAGAUGGCUUUGCCGUUCUUGAACUGUUUACCUACGAAGGUUGCUCGAGCUGCCCGCCGGCAGACGAGCUUUUGGCUAAAGUCCAGAAAGAAGCAGGCAACAGACCGGUAUAUGUUUUGACCUAUCAUGUUGAUUACUGGGACCGUUUAGGAUGGAAAGAUACCUUCAGCAAUGCUGAUUAUUCGAAACGCCAGUAUCAGUAUGCCAGCAAACUCAACGCCCAGGUUUAUACCCCGCAACUGGUGGUUAAUGGCAAAACUGAAUUUGUAGGUUCCAACGAAUCCGCAACAGACUAUGCGAUCAACAGCGCCUUAAAAGGCAGUCCAAAGUCCUCCGUAAACCUACAUGGAAGUCUGCAAUCCGGUAAAAUGGCAAUAGACUAUCAGGUAACAGGAGAUACUGACAACGAUGAACUCGUGAUUGCAGUAGUACAAAAAAACGCGAUCAGCAGGGUAAAGCGUGGAGAAAACGAGGGACGAACAUUAGCGCAUGCGCAGAUCGUCAGACAGCUUUAUUCAUUUGAUUUGGAAAGCGCUAAAAAGGGCCAGGUCAGCAUUUCGCUUUCCAAAGAUUUCAAUACCGAUGGAUGGGAGCUGAUCGGCUUUCUUCAGGAUCCCAAAACAAGGGCUAUCAAUGCUGCGACCAAAGUUAUCUUUUAA